CGUUUCGCAGCAGUUACACUCUGCCGUUGCCGCAUUCCACCCUGGAUCCAUCCAUCUACAGUUGGCGGAAUGCGCAAAUCCACGUCAUGUCUCGACAUUAUGAUGCGGCUGCACGUAGAAGACCUCGCGGGGGUGAAGGCGGCCUUUGAAAGCUACGGCCGCGAUGGUCUCGACCUGGAAGCGUUUGUUCGGAUAAUGGUGGAACGCCUUGUGUGGACACCGUCGACGGUGGUGGACCUAGUGUACGAACUCGUCGACUUGUUUGGGCAUAUCGUGAUAAACGGCCAAGGCACGAUGGUGUGGGAAGACUUCACGUCGGCGUUGAUCGAAGCUGGCAUGGCCACUGGAUUAGAUGAAACGCACUGGCGAGACAUGAAGUACGAGGACAACGUGCUGUUUGUCGAUCGCACGAGUCGCCAGCCAAAGCACGUCGAGUAUAUUUCCGAGAUCCGCAAACUGAUUGUGUUUGAAGGCACGCGACCAGUGAUGCAGAUCUAUGACCCAACCGCCAUCUUAGCGUCCGAAGCAGCGGAAUCGAGCGUGGAUGACCCCGGCAAUGCACCCACCAGCUUGCCCCUGACUCAUGAAAUACAUCCCCUCGCCUACACCAGUGGGUACCGGCGCGACCAGGACGCCGUCCGCUCUGAGCACAGCCCCGUGCAAGCCAUCAAGUACUUGACAACGCUCGACAUUCUGGCCGUGUCGGCGGGGGACUUGAAGCUCUCGUUUUGGAACUGCGCCAUCAUGUUUACGUCGGAAAUUCCGACGCCCAUGGAACUCGUGGCCACUGAACACCCCCAGCGCAUCCUCGAGUGGGCCCCCAAACCCUCUAGACUAUUUACCGUAUCCAUUGACAACCGCAUUCUCGUGUGGACGGUGAUCGUGAAAGGGAACAAAAAGUGCUGUGUCGCGUGCACCGCCAUAUUGGACAAACACUCAGACAUUGUCCAAGGCUUGUUACUCGUUAACGACGACACCCUCGUGUCGUGUAGCAUGGAUUCGCUCAUUUACAUCUGGGAUCCGAAUACGUUGGAGUGCAAAUCCACUCGGGCCGGUCAUAAGCGAGGCAUACGAACCCUAGCCAAGCAUUCGUCGACGGUGUUUGUGUCGGCAGGGUUUGAAAUGGACAUGUUGGGGUGGGACGUAUCCGGAUUGAGUAUCGCGCCGAUAUUUCAACUCACGGGGCACAUGGCGCCCAUCGUGGCGAUUCAAAUUGUGACGGGGUUUGACCAAGCGAUUAGUUUGGACGAAGAUGGAUGGUUCAAGUGGUGGAACUUGCAAAACCUGAUUUCGACCGACGACUGCGACCGGUGCCUCCAAACGUUUCGGUUUGGCAACGACCAGUAUCCGUGGAAGCCAACGUCGUUUACGUUGUUUCACAACGGGGCAACCAUUAUCGCCUGUGGCUACCGUGUCAAGUGGGUCCAUCGAGUGCGCCUCAAGUCCAAAUCCGUUGCGUCCAACACGGUGCUGUACAACGACAGUUCGUUCACUGUGCUAACAUCCACCGACAAGGAGAUUCAAGUGUGGGACGCGCUCACGGGGGCGUUGUUGCAUGUGUUUCGCAACGUCACGAAAAGUGACAUUACCCAAGUCGUGUUUGACUCGUUGCAACGGAAAUGCAUCGUCGCCAACCAAGGCGGCGAACUGUUUGUGUUGAAUGCCGCGAAUGGCGCGUUGCUCAAGACAUUUCCGAGACAUUCGAACCAAAUCAGUUGUCUGGUUUACUGCAAAGAAGACACGUGUGUCCUCAGCGCGUCGUGGGACAAAUCCCUUCGUGUGUACGACGACAUGGCGACAAAUAAUCCUCUCUUGCGCAGUAUUUCUGAUGCCCACGAGAACGAUAUCAAGUGUUUGGCCUAUUCGCAUUCGCUCAGUCUCGUGGCCACAGGCAGCAACGACGGCCAUAUAAAAAUCUGGGAUUUUGUGUACUUUUUACUCGAGCAGCAGCACCACACAACGUCCGAAGUCAACUGCCUCGUGUUUGUCGAGCCAUUUCCGGUGCUCGUAUCUGGUCACGAGAACGGCGAUGUGCAUGUGUUUACCGUGCGCCCCGCUGCCAUCCCACAGCUCCUCUUUACGUUUUCGUCACCAGCGUCGAUUGUGGUAUUGCAAACGUAUUAUGACGAGAGUGGCGGCGACGUCGUUCGAGAGGGUAUCACGACCGGACGACAUGUGCUGGUCGGGGGCGACCAAGCAGGCAUGCUUCGGUGCUGGAACCUCAGCCAUGUGUUUGAAGCGGGGAGGGUCGCCGCAACUGUGGAGCAAACGCUGCCGAGCAGCCAAGACUCGUACAAUCCACGACGGCGCAUCCAUCGAGAAGGCCACAACGCUGCUCGUCUCGAUCGCCAUCUCCACCAACUACCACCAACCCACCAGCAAGAAACACCCCAGUUGAGCCAUGCUGGUGCCCACUUGAUCGAAGUUGUGGCCGAGUGGAAGGCGCACUUGAUGGGCAUCCGAAGCAUGUGUGUGGUCGCAGAGUCUCCCCAGGUCAUUUUCACGUGCUCGUUUGACAAAAGUACCAAAGUGUGGGCAUACGGUGGCGAAUGUCUGGGCGUUCUGUGUGGGGACAAGGAGGGUCCGUUCUGGCACUUGGCCGUGGACACGGACAGCGUCUCGGAGCGCAAACUGCACUUUGCCCAAGCCCUGUGGGGCCGCUUGAAGGACCACCUUCAGUUAACGACAUUGCAAACUCCAACCACCACCCCUACUACUUUGUCCCAUCGGGCAAAAAAUAGGAGGAAGAAUCAAGCCGUGAUAAACUUAGUAGAGCCGCCUUGCAUCGACACACAACCAGAGCCACCGACGGAAAAGGAUCGACUGUUUGGCCAAUUAAGAGGGGAAAUGACAUAUAAAAAGCCGGAAAUUCAACUCGCACGGGAACGAGCGUGGGAGGUGGAAGCGGCCAAGUAUCAAGGCCGAAUGGAAAAGAUUUUUAAGCCCAAGCCGUCGGAUAUAUUACUCUCGUCUCCUGUAAUUCCUUCGAUCCCGUCUAGCUCGUUCAUGGAGUCGCUGGACCAAGACAACUGGAGCGACACUGCCAAAUCGACCCUCACGGCACUGCCCCAGCUCAACUCGACGCAAUUAUCUCAAGUGCCAUAUGACGACAAGGACAAUUGGAAAAUCGAUAGCAAAAAUCGACAGAAAAUGAUUUACAACCACUUGUACACAGAGACCUGCCGCACUGCCAAACAAUUACAAGGCAAACGACAGCCAAAACUCAUGCUCGAAGCCAUCGACGUCGCCCCGUCGGCAUUUCUAUUGCAAAAACUGGGUCCUGACAAAGCAACUUAUCGCAAGCCCAAAGCUCUCCAACACCAAUCAAGUACCAAAGCUCUCCGACGAGUAGACGGGUUAACGCCGUCGCCUUCGCUGCCAGCUUUACGGCACACGACAGCCAGAACGACUUCUCCGCCGCGAAAACAACUAAGUGCGCCGAAGUACCCGCCCGACAAAAUUCCUCAAAACCAACACAUGGACGAGAUUGAGCGCAUCAUUCAGCACGCCACGAACGGCCCAAUCAGCGGGGUCAACACGGCAAAUUUAGCCAGCCAAACACCUUUGAAAGUAGCUCCAGUGCAUGAGAAACGUCAGUCGUCCGUGCUGCAACGCUAUACAAAGCUGAUAAAUGACGAAAAUCUCGGCAAAAAAACAUCGAAGAAACAGAGUGGAAUGAAAAAUUCGUCGAAAAUGGCACGAAUCGAGUCCACCGACAUGUCGACCAAGUUGGUGCACAAUAAAGCUAUGGUACCGGACAGGAAAAGUCGACCAAUCAAAGGCGUCGGAAUGAUGGACACGACCAAAGACCAAGUCCAAUCUGACCAAGCAUUGCUCAUCCGACAGACUUUUGGACCGUAUGCCAAGGACAGUGUGUACGAAGUUUGCAAGUUGUUUGUCGACACGGACGUCGACAACAGCGGAUCCAUUGAAACGAAGGAGUUUGUGCAGCGAUUGAUCCAGGCCCAAGGCCCCGAAAUGAAAGACGACCUUGAAAUUUUGUUCGACCGCAUGGACCACGACCACAAUGGGUCGCUGGAUAUGGUUGAAAUGCUCAAGGUAUGUCUGAAUACUACCUUGAUGGGUAGGGACAACAAAAAAAUAUACUUGAAGUGUAUAGAUGCCGUUCAAAUGUUAUUUGACAGAAUACUAAUAUGUAUAAAAACACAAGAUAUAUAUAAUAUAUAUAUACUUCGAAGUCUAAAAUAAAAUAGAAGGUUUAGGGUGAGUCUGGAUGUCAAGUAAAGGCCAAAAUCUUCAACGUUUUGGUCAAUUUCUAACAAAUCGGCAAAAAGUAAAAUAUUUCUUUGAAGUAUCUGUCUGGAUCUAAAUUUUGGAGAAUUCAGUAUUUUGCCAAAUAUCAGUUUUUUUACCGAAGAUAGAAAAGAGGUUCAAGGGACUUUAUUUUCCUUGAAAGUAGAGUUUCAAGGAAAAUCAGUUUGAUCCAGUCAGUACAAAAUAGGUGACAACCAAAUUCUUCGAAUUACUUUGAGCCAAAUUUUCGAAAUAUGAAUUGGGCAGAAAUUGGGGUGUGAUGAUAUCCACCCUUGUAUAAUUUAUUGGCA